AUGCUGUUUCUGCUGCUCCCAUUGCUGGCUGUUCUUCUCCCAGGCAGUCACAAUGAGUACGGGUUUGAGGAGCCUGUCUCCUUCCAUGUCACCCAGAUCUCAUCCUUUCACAACCGUUCCUGGACACAGACUCUUCUUUCAGGAUGGCUGGAUGAAUUUCAUAUUCAUACUUGGGACAGCAACUCUGGAACCAUCAUUUUCCUGCAGCCUUGGUCCAGGGGGAACUUUAGCAAUGAGGAGUUUAUGAAAAUUGAAAAUUUUUUGCAUUUGUAUCUAGUUAGAUUUGCCCAGGCAUUUCAUGACUACAUUCAUCGGUUGCGAUUUGAAUAUCCUUUUGAGAUACAGAUGACAGCAGGCUGUGAGCUGCACCCAGGGGGGGUCUCAGUAGACUUCCUGUGGACAGCUUAUCAAGGAUCAGAUUUCCUGAGCUUCCAGAACAAUUCUUGGCUGCCAUCCCCAAAGGGUGGAAGUAGUGCCCAGCUCGUUUGCAAAGUACUUAAUCAGGACAAAGUCUACACAGAAAUGGUACAGACGUUACUCAGUGACACCUGCCCACGUUUCAUCUUGGGAAUUCUUGAUUCAGGGAAGGCAGAUCUCCAGCGACAAGUGAAGCCAGAGGCCUGGCUGUCCAGUGGCCCCAGUCCUGGGCCUGGCCGUCUGCUCCUGGUGUGCCAUGUCUCAGGAUUCUACCCAAAGCCCAUAUGGGUGAUGUGGAUGCGGAAUGAGCAAGAGCAGUUGGAUACUCGGCAGGGUGAUGUCCUGCCCAAUGCUGAUGGGACGUGGUAUCUCCAAGCAACCCUGGAAGUGAAUACUGGGGAGGUGGCUGACCUGACUUGCCGGGUGAAGCACAGCAGUCUAGGAGGCCAGGACAUCAUCCUCUACUGGGAACAUCACAGCUCCAUGGGCUUGAUUUUCUUGGCAGUGAUACUGCUUCUAGCUCUUCUGGCAGGUCUUGCAUUUUGGUUUUGGAAGUGCUGGUGA